CGCUUUGCUCAGGCAAUGAUCUUCGCAAUAGAAGAAAUAAAUAAAGCCCAAACACUCCUUCCGAAUGUAACUCUGGGCUACAGGAUUUUUGAUUCAUGUGGCAUGCCAUCCUUAUCCAUGAAAGCAGCCUUGGACAUUUUAACUACACACGAAGAAUCGCCUUCAAAUUACACAUGCAACCGAAACUCGGUGUUAUCUGCUAUUGUUGCUGACUCUGGUUCAUCGCAGUCUGUAGCAGUUGCACGAUCAAUUGGUCCGUUCAGAAUUCCAAUGGUAAGCUACUUUGCCACAUGUGAGUGUCUCAGUAAUAGACGAGAGUUCGCUUCAUUUUUCAGAACAAUACCAAGCGAUUAUUUCCAAGCCCGAGCAUUAGCUCAGCUUGUUAAACACUUUGGGUGGACUUGGAUUGGGACGAUUAAAAGCGACAAUGAUUAUGGCAAUUUUGGAAUGCAGACAUUCACUGAGACCGUUCAGCAAUUUGGCGUAUGUAUUGCUUUCUCUGAGUCUUUCAGAAUUUAUCCCAGAGAGGCGUUACUUAAAACUAUAGAUGUUAUCAAAAAGUCGGCAACAAAAAUUAUCGUGGCCUUUGUUAGCCUCGGAGAUAUGGCUGUUUUGAUCAAAGAAAUUGCACAGCAAAAUAUCACAGGUAUACAAUGGGUAGGAAGCGAAGCAUGGGUUUCUACGUCUCUUCUCUCUCCAGAAGAAAACAGAAGAAUUCUUACUGGGACAAUAGGAACAGCAAUUCAUAAAGUAGUUUUGCCGGGUUUAAAGACAUUUCUAACCCAUUUGCGGCCUUCCAGUUACCCUAACAAUAUUUUAAUGAAAGAGUUUUGGGAAACAGCCUUCAGCUGUACCCUAUCAAUGACUGACAACGAGACUGAAAAUGUAACAUCUGUUUCUCGCAACAAGGAGUGUACAGGAAAAGAACAUUUAUCUACAAUAAAUAAUAUUUUUACAGAUGUAUCUGCACUGAGAGUCACUUACAGUGUAUACAAAGCCACGUAUGCUAUCGCCCACGCACUCCAUGAUAUGCUGUCGUGUGAAUAUGGAAAAGGACCGUUUGCUAAUAAGACUUGUGCAAACAUUUUACAUUUUGAACCAUGGCAGCUUUUGUUUUACAUGCAAACAGUAAAUUUUACAACUAAGAUCGGUGAAAGGGUAUACUUCGAUGAAAAUGGUGAUUCAGUCCCAACCUAUGACAUUGUAAACUGGCAACCAAAUAACCAUGGUGGUGCCGAUGUUUUGACCAUCGGAUACUAUGAUGGUUCUGAACCCUCAGACCAGCAACUUAUGAUAAAGAAAGGAACCAUGGUCUGGAGCGGAGGUCAAAGUAAGGCUCCACGAGCUGUUUGUUCUGAAAGUUGCCUCCCUGGAACAAGAAGAGCAGCAAGAAAAGGUCAUCCAAUUUGUUGUUACGAUUGUGUACAAUGUGCCGAUGGUGAAAUUAGUAAUAACAUUGAUUCCUUGGAUUGCAUUACAUGUCCUUCAGAAUUUUGGUCCAAUCAACAACGAGACCAAUGUUUACCAAAGAAAAUAGAAUUUUUGUCCUUUGGAGAUGUUAUGGGAAUAUUCUUAGCAAUAAUAGCAGUGUUUGGAGCUUGUCUUACCAUUGGAAUAUCAGCUCUUUUCUAUUACUACAAAGACACUCCCAUUGUUAAAGCAAAUAAUUCUGAACUGAGUUUCCUCCUUCUUUUUGCCUUAACACUUUGUUUUCUAUGCUCACUGGCAUUCAUUGGCGAACCAUCAGUCUGGUCUUGUAUGUUACGGCACACACUGUUUGGAAUUACUUUUGUUCUUUGCAUUUCUUGCAUUUUAGGGAAAACAUUUGUGGUUCUUAUGGCAUUUAGGGCAACAGUUCCAAGCAAUAACAUAAUGAAAUGGUUCGGUCCAACCCAACAAUUGCUAACUAUUUUAAUCCUUACAUUUGUGCAGUGCUUAAUAUGCAUUGUCUGGCUAGCUAUAUCUCCACCUUUUCCAGUAAGAAAUACCAAGUAUCUUAAAGAAAUAAUUAUUCUAGAAUGUGAUGUUGGGUCUGUAACAGCCUUUUAUUCAGUCCUUGGUUAUUUGGGAUUUUUAUCCUGUGUGUGCUUUGUGGUGGCAUUUCUGGCUCGAAAACUGCCAGACAAUUUCAACGAAGCUAAAUGUAUAACCUUUAGUAUGCUUAUAUUUUGCGCAGUUUGGAUAACAUUUAUUCCAGCUUAUAUAAGCUCUCCUGGAAAAUACACAGUAGCCGUAGAAGUAUUUGCUAUUUUAGCAUCUAGCUCUGGACUGCUGCUGUCCAUUUUUGCUCCAAAAUGUUAUAUCAUCAUUCGAAAACCCGAAAAAAAUACAAAGAAGCAUAUGAUGGGUAAAAAGCCUUCUAAUAAACUAUGAAUGUUU